AUGGAACUUAUGAAGGUGAUCUUCAUAAUCGCCAUAACCAUGGCUUUGACCAUCACUCUCUCCCUGAAAAGCAUUGGUGAAGUGGAAGAAAAACCUCCUUUCCCACACACUGAUACUUCAUACACUUACCCAAAAGAGAUUUUCAUUAAGGAAAAGAAAAUAUUAUUCCCUUCCAAAAGGCUGAGCCGCUUCCUUGCAGAAGACAGCGAAGAUGAUGCAGCUCACAAUUGCAACAAGGAAGACAACGAAAUAUGCUACGUUAAUAAAGCAGGCAGAAACUCCACCUGCUGCAACAAAAAGUGCACGAACACGCACACCGACAAACACAACUGCGGCGCAUGCAAGAAAAAAUGCAAGUACACCGAGAGUUGCUGCAGAGGCCAGUGCGUGGAUUUGGCGUACGACAAGAGGCAUUGUGGGCGCUGCAACCACCGGUGUGGUCGUGGCGAGUAUUGCGUAUAUGCACUUUGCAAUUAUGCAUAA